UGCAUGUAAGGUAGUGGGCCCGUACGAUCUGCUCGGCGGAGUUAGGCAUUGCCGUGACGGCAGGCCAUCAGUACAGGAUGCGGCCGCCCCCGUACCGGCGUGGCCAAACGGCGUCGCAACAGGAAAAAGGAAUCUGCCUACCCGGCUCGACCUCUCGGGCACCUGCUACUCUCGGACAGAUCCCCUCUUCCCUCGGGUGCUUUGCUCUGCGCGGCGGAGAGAUCGAACCAGUGGUGGCGGCACAGGCGCUGGGAGAUGCAUUCGAGUUCCUAUCAGAUCUGGUUAACAGAUUCCCUCUUCCCACGUUGGGUGGUGAAUACACGCGGCCGGCGCAGCCGGUUGCAGAUCCGGUGGACGCAGUAGCCGAGUCCAGCAUUGCUGAUGUUGGUGAUGCCUCGCCGGCGCUUGCGCGUCUAGCAACUUGUUCGCACCGGAUUCAAAACAGUCAAUGUGCAGGGACGACCCGCAGGCACCGUUCUGGACGAAGAGAAAGAGAUAUUACUGAAAAAGGCGAAACUGUCAUGCGUGCUGGGGUGUUGGAAGGAUGCGUUCUCCAGUGUUAAAGUCAAUGUGGUACUAUAUCUGACAGCAACGAUCUAAUUGAUGCUGGGUCCAUGUUGGGUGGGCACUUGUUGAACGGCCACCAUGCGCCGGUAGAGUGUGCACCCUAUAGAAAACAAUCAGGGGAUAUGCAGAGAAGACUGGAACUGUUAAAGCGCCUGAAGUCGGCAGGAGCUCGGCUCAUUAGGUGAAGAGACUACUACAAUACGUACUCCUAGGAAAUUGCAUUUGAAAUCAAGUAGUAAUGUGACCUGUGAUUUACUGAUCAGCUGCUGAAGAUAAUUAAUAUCUUACCUUUUCAGGUGUUUUAUCAUAAUUGCCACACGAAUGUCAGGUGUUUUUUCAGGUGUUCCCCUCGCCUUCGGCUGCCAUCUUGGCGCUAAGAGGUCAGGGGACCUCGCAUCUUCAAGAGUUGUACGUUUUUCGUCAUCGUCUAUUGAUCAUCGUUUUUGUAAGAAUAAAUUUACUUUUGUUCUUUUGGCGGUGCCAUGAUAUUAGAGAGUUUUCUGUCCUCACGGAUCCGACUAUUCAGAUCUGGUGAAUUUACAUUGGUGUGACCAUUUUUUUGUUGGUUUGAUUCUUUGUGAAGUUGAAAUCUUUCAUCGACAUCGUGGUGAAGAUAUUGUGAUUCGACGGCCUGCACUUUUGAAAUCAUCCCCGCCUCAAGUAUGUUCAUCGAUAAAGGCUUUCCAUCUUUUUGGAUGGACGACUCAAGGCGUUUUCAAAAACUAUUAUUGAUAAUGUUUGUGUGGGUGAAAUAGUGACAACCACGUUGCUUUGGUCCAAUUGCAGCCUCUUUACCGAAGUCUUUGAAACAUUUUUUCUAGCAGAGAUUGAUACAGUGAAGGUGUUUUCAAGAGAUUUUAUUAUAGUUCUUAGUCAUAAGAGUUAUUUUGUAUUUUGUUAGAUUUUAGAUACGAAUCAGCGUAUAUAAAAUUACACGUGUUUCUCAAAAAAAAAGUGGCCGUUCCAGGAA